CGGUGAUUUUGAAAUUCACCAAAGCUUUUUCCCUCUUUUCCUUCACUUUCUUGACUUUCAGUUUGUUAGAAUCUGGUUUUCCGGAGUUCUUUUCGAUUUCGGAAUUGUGUUUGGUUGAUUUGGGGAUGGGAAAUGUGGGGGGAGGACUUCGCGGUCUUCUUCUCUUCUUAUUCGUUGGUCCUGCGAAGUCCGAGUUCCAGAAUUGAGCUCGGUUUCGAUGAUUUUCUGUUCAAAAUUUUGUGUUUCGUGGGUUUUUCAUUAAACUGGGUAGCUGGGCUUGAAAUGCCCAAAUCUUCAUCAAACCCUAGAUCUGAAAAAAGAAAAAGAAAAAAAGAACUGUUCUAGUUCUCGUUCGACUACUAUUCCUAGCCCAUCUUAGAUAUUAUUUUUUCAGUAUUACCCAUUUUAGCCUCGCGAUUCAUCAUCCAUGUGGACUCGAUCAUUCGGUUGGAAUUUCCGGAGUUUAAAUUGUGAAAGAUGCCUUCUUCUAGGUGGGCCGAAGAUGGGUCUUUAGUGGGCCCRGACCAGGCCCAUUAUUCUGGUUUGGGGUUUCUUUCCCCCUCUUUUAAGGGGGUCGGUCUCAAACCUAACGCCUCUCUCAAGUCUCAAGGCUACGUCAAAAACUGACCCGCCGUUUGGGCUUUGGGGGGUUUUCACAAAUCUGAUUUUACAAACAAAAUGAGGAUGGAAACAGAUCUCUUUCGGUUCCCUUUUCUUCCUGGGUUCGGAAAAAUGGAAAUAAUCUUCCCAGACGAAAUGGCAACUCCUGAUGAAGAAAACAUGGCAACGCCGGGGAAAGAGAUUAUGGUGGUGACUCAUGAUGAAGACCAUGAUAUGACAACUCCAAAUGGUGAAAACAUGGUAACUCAUGAGGAUGAAAUAAUGGGAACUCCCGAUACGGAUAAGUUGGGAUCACCAGAUGAUGGACAUAAUGAACUAGCUCUUGUAGAAGUACAGCCUAACAGGAGGAGGAAAAAGAAGUCCAUCGUCUGGGAACAUUUUACUAUCGAAUCUGUGAGUGCUGACUGCAGAAGGGCAUAUUGCAAGCAAUGCAAGCAAAGUUUUGCAUAUAGUACGGGAUCAAAAGUUGCUGGCACCAGCCAUCUGAAGCGGCACAUUGCUAAAGGAACCUGCACUGCACUUUUACGUGGUCAGGACAAGAAUCAGUUGGUGGCCACAUAUACCCCACCUUCAAGAGGGAAUGUGAGUGAUCCACCAAAAAGACGAUAUAGAACCUCUAGCUCACCAUAUGUUAUGGUUGAUCAGGACCGUGGCCGGCAAGAGAUUGCUCGAAUGAUCAUCAUGCAUGACUACCCACUGCACAUGGUUGAGCAUCAUGGAUUUGUAUCCUUUACCAAGAACCUUCAGCCUCGGUUUAACAUGGUGAGCUUCAACACUGUUCAAGGGGAUUGUGUUGGAACUUAUUUAAUGGAGAAGCAAAAUUUAAACAAGUUUAUUGAAGCGAUUCCAGGGCGUAUAUGUCUUACCCUUGACAUGUGGAGUUCUAGUCUAUCGGUAGGUUAUGUGUUUAUUAUGGGAAGUUUUAUUGACAGUGAUUGGAAGUUGCAUAGACGGGUCUUGAAUGUUGUAAUGGAAUCAUAUCCAGACUCACCCAAUGCACUUAGCCAUGCUGUUGCUGUAUGUCUCUCUGAUUGGAGACUGGAAGGGAAGUUAUUUUCUCUUACGUUGAACCAAGUAUUGAGUGAUGCUGCCCUUGAUAAUCUUAGGCCUCUACUUGCCAUCAAGAAUCCCCUUAUCCUCAAUGGUCAAUUUUUGGUUGGAAGUUGUAUUGCUUGGACGUUAAGUGACAUCGCAAAAGUUGUAUUAGAUGCUGGAGAAAGUACGAUAACAAAACUUCGGGACAGUGUGAAAUAUGUGACAACUUCAUAUUCUCAUGAGGAAAAGUUUUUAGAGCUCAAGCAACAACUUCAAGUGCCAAGUGAGAGAAAUCUCUUUCUUGAUGACCAAAAGCAAUGGAAUACCACUUACCACAUGUUGGUGGCUGCCUCUGAGAUGAAGGAAGUAUUUUCCUGUUUGGAUACUUCUGAUCCUGAUUAUAGGAUAGCUCCAUCAGUGGAAGAUUGGAAGUUGGUUGAAAUUCUCUGCACAAACUUAAAGCUUCUUUUUGAUGCUGCAAAUAUCCUUACCACCACAACUCACCCAUCUGCCAUUACCGUCUUUCAUGAAGUGUGGAGAAUUCAUUCAGAAUUGUCUCGGGCAGCUACAAGUGAGGAUCCAUUUGUAAGCAACCUUAGCAAAUUGAUGCUAGAAAAGUUCGAUAAAUAUUGGAAAGAUUGCAGCAUAGUGUUGGCAGCUGCCGUUGUGAUGGAUCCUCGCUUCAAAAUGAAGCUCGUUGAGUUUAGUUUCACCAAAGUCUAUGGUGAAGAAGCUCCUGUUUACAUCAAGAUAGUUGACGAUGGGAUUCACGAGCUCUUUGAUGAAUAUGUGGCGUUGCCUCUACCUCUAACACCAACUUAUGCUGAAGAUGGUAAUGCCGAUGGUGGUAACAUGAGGGCAGAAGAUUCCCAGGGAAAUCUUCUGUCAGACAACGGAUUUACAGAUUUUGAUGUCUACAUUAUGGAGACCACCAGCCAACAGAUGAAGUCAGAGCUCGAUCGGUAUUUGGAAGAUUCUUUGUUGCCCCGUGUGCAAGACUUCGAUCUAUUGGGAUGGUGGAAAUUGAACAAGUUCAAGUACCCUACUCUUUCAAAGAUGGCUCGUGAUAUCUUGUCUAUUCCAGUUUCUACGCUUCCUCCAGACUCUGUAUUUAUCACCAAGAGGAAGAAAAUGGAUAAGUACCGCAGCUCCUUGCGUCCUGAGACAGUGGAAGCCAUGAUAUGUUCCAAGGAUUGGAUGCAGUAUGGAUUAUCCGAAGUCUCUAAUGCUAUGGUAAGAAUGGAAUACUAAUCUCUGUUUAGCUUUGUUGAUAGGUUGAUAUGUGACAUCUUUCUGUAGGUUCUACUUUGCCACUAGGGGUUAACAUUUGUACCAUUUAAGACAAUUGUAAUUCAUCCUUAAAAUCUAGAUUCUAGAAUAGAUUUUUAACUGUGAUCAUAUGUACUACUUUCUAGGAAGCGGUUGGGUACACCUUGUUCAAAAAAGUGCAGUAAAUUCUUGAGCUAAUGCUAUCUCUAUAUAUAUUUAUAUAUAUAUAUCACAUGCUUAGAACAUUUUUCUUUUGCCCUUUGAUGGAAUUGUCCAUCAGAAUGGGCGUUAA